CGACCAAUCAUCACUCCUCUCUCUCACCUCACCCACCCUUCCCCUUUCUUUCUCUCUCCGAAAUUUAUAUAUCAAUACCCUCUACCUUGGCUUCUCAAUUCAAUAUAAGUGAGUAUAUACGUUACUGAUACCUAACCCUCGUUAUUUCUCUUUUUAACCCUUUUCAAUUUAUCUCCCCCUUUCGCUUUAGGGUUCUUCCGCGAAUUUUUGGUUUAAAGCGGAAAAUCCAUCUACCUAGUUUUGUUUUCCCAGACUUGGUCUAGUUUUAGUUUUUAAUUUAUUAAUUUGUGCCGUCGGUGAUUAUGGGGAGUUUAAUUGCGGAAUCAAGUGCUGUUUCUUCCCACACAGAUGAUUUUUUAGUGGAUAGUGAUAUGAAAGAUAGCAAGAAGAAGAAGCGCCGAGCUAGAAAAUCAAAGCAAUCGCCGUCAGUGGGUGAGGCUGAUCUGGAUGCAUCUAGCGCUUCAUCGCAUCAUAUGGUGUCAGACAGGCAUCAUCAACCGCCUCAAGAAAGUAAUGUAGGCACUGGAUUGAUUGCCUCAAAACAUGUAGACGAACUAGCUACGGAUGAGAAUCUUAUGAAUCAGCAAUCAGUUCCUCCUACAGGCGAGGAACCGUUAUCUCUCAGUCCAGUGCCUGAGCCUGCUUCUAGUGAAGAGCCUGUUGGACCUGUGUUGAUUGCACGGCCGAUUGAUUCUCUGGCGCGUCGGACAUAUUUUCCUCCUCAUUGGUCCUCGGAUGCUACAGAUAAAGCACUAAAGAAAGGGGAGUUGUUGAAGGCUGAGUUUCGUGUCAAUGCUCAUAAUAGGCUUGAGGCCUACUGCAAGAUCGAUGGCGUCCAAACAGAUAUUCUCAUUAGCAACGUGGUGGCUCAAAAUAGAGCUAUUGAUGGAGAUACUGUUGCUAUUGCCAUUGAUUCACCAUCAUUGUGGCCGAGAAUGAAGGGGUCAGUUGAAACUACGAAUAAUGCUGAACCAGACAACAAUUUACAUGAUGGUCGUAGGCAUGCCCAAGUUCGUUCGAGUGGAAAAUGUAAUUUAGAUGUGGAGCCCCAGAAUGGCUUUUCCAGUAACAAUGGAUUUGUUGCUAAAGGUGGUGCCUCUCAGGACGAUGAGUCUUGUCCUGGUGAAACCUCGCAUAACUAUAGCAAUAAAAAUGAAGUGUUGAGUGAAGGCUAUGUUGGUGGCUGUCAACUAUCUACAUCUGAUUCUUCCAUGCAGUCUUGUCUUGGUGAUGCCCAUGACUCAAGGGUUUCAUUGGAGAAGUUGUGUGCCUUAACAGGUUUGUAUCCAUCAAAAAGACCAACUGGUUCAGUUGUUGCUAUCAUUGAAAGGUCUAUUCGAAGGGACUAUAUCGUUGGUUUCUUGAGUGUGAAGCAGUGGCUUUACAGUAGAGCGAGUAAAAAAAAGAACUCCAAGAAGAACAAAUAUCAACCGGAAAUCAAUCAAGGGUAUGUUUUAUUGACGCCAACUGAUCCGAAACUCACCAAAAUGACGGUCUCCAUCAUAAACCUGCCAGCAAGCAUCAGGAAACGUUUGGAAGCUGGUGAUUUGACAAUUGAGUCCGAUCUAGUUGCUGCCAAAGUGGUUAGUUGGGCUGAAGAAAGUUAUAUCCCAGAUGCCUGUGUUGUUCAAAUUUUUGGAAGAGGCAGUGAUGCUGAAGCUCAGAUUGCUGCAAUUUUAUUUGAAAAUGCAAUUGAUGCUUCUGAAUUUUCUUCUGAAGUAAUCUCGUGUCUUCCACACAUCCCUUGGGAAAUACCAGAGGCAGAAUUGCAAAGCAGAAGAGACUUAAGAAAUUUGUGUAUUUUCACCAUAGAUCCUUCAACUGCUACUGAUCUUGAUGAUGCAUUAUCAGUAGAAAUGUUGCAAGAUGGUAAUUUCAGGGUGGGGGUUCAUAUAGCUGAUGUUUCCUAUUUUGUUUUGCCCGAUACAGCUCUAGACACUGAUGCCCUGAUUCGAUCCACCAGUGUUUACUUAUUGCUGCGUAAAUUGCCAAUGCUGCCCCCUAAGCUUUUGGAUGAUGUAGCCUCCCUCAACCCUGGAGUGGAUAGGCUUUCAUUCUCUAUUAUUUGGGACAUGAAUUCUAGUGGUGAAAUUCUAGAGCAUUGGAUUGGCCGUACCAUCAUACGGUCUUGUUGCAAGCUCUCGUAUGAGCAUGCUCAAGAAAUUAUCGAUGGUGUGUUUGACGUUCAUAAUUGUAGUCAAACAGUGAAGCCUUGGCCUAAUUUAUAUGGUCAAUUUGAAUGGUCUGACGUAAUUGAAUCUGUGAAAAGGCUUCACCGGAUCUCAAGAUUAUUAAGGAGGAAUAGGUUUGAUGAUGGGGCUUUGUCUCUUGAAAGCCCAAAAGUUGUUUAUUUGUUUGAUGAAGAAGGCGUACCAUAUGAUACUGUGUUUUCUGAGCGCAAGGACUCAAACAGUCUUGUCGAAGAGUUUAUGCUCUUGGCCAAUAGAACAGCUGCGGAAGUGAUUACCAGAGCAUAUCCAUCUUCUGCUCUACUGAGAAGGCACCCCAAACCUAAUCCUCGCAAACUUAGAGACUUCCAGGCCUUCUGUAACAAACAUGGUAUAAAACUGGAUGUUUCUUCAUCUGCCCAACUCCAUCGUUCAUUGGAGCAUAUCAGGGGAGAAGUUGGGGAUGAUUCGGUUUUGUGUGAUAUCCUUAUGUCCUAUGCUGCAAGGCCAAUGCAACUGGCCUCGUACUUUUGCAGUGGAGAAUUCGAGGACAGUAAUGAUCAUGGUCACUACGCGCUCGCAGUUCCUUUAUACACGCACUUCACUUCUCCUCUGCGUCGUUACCCUGACAUUGUGGUACACCGCACGUUGGCUGCAGCUCUAAAAGCUGAAGAUGUUUACUUGAAUAGGAUAAGAGUGCUGAGAAACAUAGCCAAAGAGGAAAAACUGGGGAGAUGCUUCACUGGCGUGCACUUUGACAAAGAUGAAAUUGAAGCAACUGAAGCUCGAGAUGCUUUGUUUGCUGAAGCAGCAAUAUAUGGGAUUCCACAAACUCUUUCUGAUGUGGCUGCCCAUUGCAAUGAGAGAGAGCGAGCUGCCAGACACGUGAAGGAUUCUACUGACAAGCUCUACAUGUGGCUUUUGCUUAAAAAGAAGCAGAUACUUAUUUCUGAAGCCAGAGUUUUAGGUCUUGGACCGAGAUUUAUGUCUAUAUACAUUACCAAGCUGGCUAUUGAGCGACGUAUAUACUACGACGAAGUUGACGGGAUAACAGCAGAGUGGCUGGAUGCCACAUCCACCCUGGUGCUCAGCCACUCGCACAAGCGUUCAAACAAGAAAAGCAGUCCAGGAAGGAGCAGCAAGACAGUUGAGGAAGUUGCUCUGCUGGUGAGCCCUGUCGAGGGAGAGUCACAGACAUACGGAGAUGCUACAGAUUGUGAGCCUGUUUUCUUCCCCCUCACUCUGCAUCUCCUGUCAACGAUUCCUGUUGCAUUGCACGCUGUUGGCGGGGACGACGGCCCCAUUGACAUCGAGGCGAGGAUGUACGUUAGUUCGUAUUUUCACUAACAGCAUCGUCGUCCUCCUCCUGGAAAGAAGGCGUUGUCAUGGAGCUGUAGGCAAGGGUCGGCGGUGAAGGUGAAAGUCGACGGAGAGGGAGUGUGGUUGUUCAUCAAGGGACUAUGUUUUAGUUAUAUGCCAUUUGGUGUGUUGCCGGAGUUUGUUUUUGAGUCUACCUGAGUUAAUAUGAAGCCAUGGAUGUUUUCUGCUGACUCGUAUUAUUAUAUUUCUGUGUUAUUAUGUUAAAUAAUAAAUCUACUGCGUACACUAUAUUGGUGAUUGUAACUUUCUGAUUGAUUUUUGAUAAAUUUCAUGAUUUUCUGCAAGUUAAA